AUGGCAAGUCAUCCGACCAACCAUGGAUUCCCGUUGAGAAGGCGAGAUUCCGUGUCUUCGAUGAGUUCUGUCCGGAGCGUCAGAUCUAUGCUGACGCCUCGUGAACUAAGCACCGACUCUUUGUUGACCAUAGAGGACAGGUUUGUUCGAAGACCCCGGACCCAGAGACCCAGAUUGUCGAAUCCCGCCUCAGAAUCUCGCCUUUCACUUCCUCCGCCCGCCUCUGUGCGUGAGACUUAUUAUUUUCCUAAUGGUGAGGUUUUCAGACCUCGUUCACAGCCAAGACCGAAAUCUGGCAAGCACCAUUCCAUGCCCAACAUGAGGAACAGACAUAUGAUUGUGCCUCCCGUUGUGCCACCAACGCAGACCACUCCGGUACCCACCGUUAAUUCUGUCCAGAGAAUCCAAUUCCAGGAAACAGGUUCGAGUGUUUCAUCUGCGUCAGCCUCACCUUCUGUCGACCACGGCACUCCAGCCUCGUCAAUCACUUUCAGUGAGGAAGAGGAAGAGGAGAAGCGAGGAUUCAAGAAGAUGUUGGGUAAACUUCUUCGGAAAGACAAAAGUCCCAAGAAAAACGCUGUCGAGGUGAAAAGCCAAAGAGACAGCGACAGUUCAUUGGAACACCUUUCCAUGUCCUCUUUAUCUUUGAAUGUCGAUCUCAGCGACGACGACGACAAGAGUUUUGUUGCUGGAGACGACCAAGAUCUGGAUGGAGGAGACCUGGAAACGGAGCUGGAUUAUAUCUCGUCCAUCAUGGGGAUUGGAGAAACGUACUUUUUUGAAGAUCUGGACCAUCAGGACAAACUAAUUAAGCGCAAAUCUCUAAGAAUGAAGUCUCUUGAGAAACACAAGUCAUUGAGCCGGAAGAACACCGGAGACUCUCAUGUUUCUCUAGAUACGGAAUACUACAAGCAUCACAUUAAUAAACACUACUCUGGCGAGGAGAAGUUUGAAAUUGUGACCAGCAACAGAAUCAAGGAACCGGCAACGACAGCACUCGAGGCCAAGAGUUCUGUCAAGACCCGGUCUUUUGAACAAUUGAAAGUUUCAUUUUCAAACAAAAUCUACCUCAAUACCACCUUCUCGCCAGACAGUUACGUUCGGUUCAACAAGGGACUCAAACAUACAUACUCGCAGCUUGCGAAAGACCCUGAACAGAUUAAGGAAAUCCGUGCGGAGCUUAAUCAUUACAAACAAUACGAAAUGGCCGUUCAUAAACAGUCUAGAGAGUAUACGCAUUAUUUCCAAACUGCAUAA